CCACCGCUAGCCACGAUGUUUGUGCCAGGUAUGACCCACUUCCGGUGUCGUUUGCACAUGCCCAGUGGUUGAUGUGUCCUCCUGGUCACCCAAAGACAUUUUUGAAUCGCGAAAUCAAAAGAAUCUUCACUGUUAGCAUCAUAAAGGCAAGACAUCUACAGGCUGCUAGUCACCUCUAUGACGGGCUUUACCGGAAUUUUCUCGAAGCAUUUCGCUUUGGAAACUUGGCGCCAAAGUGCCCCUUUCCCCUUCUCCCCGUUGCCCCCUCUGCUAGUGGGGAAAGACUGGGGGUUGAUGCUAAAUUUAGCCCUGGCCGUAUCACGCUGUCGUUUAUUUACGUCGUUUGAACGGCGCAGUUCCCACGCUACUACAGCAGCGACCAUCCCACUGCUGCAGCCAUUGGCUACUUCAACAUCACUCAAAGCUCAGCGCGAUAUCAGGAGGAAACCUUUCUUCCAUAUUUGGGCAUCCCUUACAACGGCGGGCGAGUUGCACAUGCAAGUAAAUGGCAUUCCUCAGAAGCUUGCGAACACCCGUGCACUCCCCUGUGUGGCCCACAACGCCUGCCGAGUGAGUGAGGGAUGUAUAAAAGGCUUUCACUCGUCAGUGCAGCGGAGAUUCUACCAGAACGAAAUCCUAUCUACACUGCAAGGUUUGAAACCAGUUGACCAACUCAAGCACGGGAAGUGUGUUUUGCAUGUUUUCGAGGUGAAAAGAGGAGAAUCCAUCUUUCUGUGACAACUGUGACGACUCGGCUCCUGACGCUAACGCAUCGUUGACACCGACACUGCACGUGAAUCCAUCCUACAAACUCUUGCAUCGCUGGUUCGACUCCACAGUUAGCCAUGGAAAAAAGCACAAGCAUCUUCUGUCUGCUGACAGUCAGCUUCAUCGUCCUUGUCCAGCUCCAUGCUAGCUGGGCAUUUACACUAAGCCGGGAAGGCGAAACUGAGAUGCAGUCGGACGCGUGGGCUGAUGACAUCAUGGUGGACACGUGGAAUGGCGUGCCUAGAGGAUGUCGUGCCAAGCCUGCUGACGUGUACUUCGUGCUGGACACAGCAAGCGGCACGUCCGACGCGGCGGUGCAGCAGCAGCAGCAGUUCCUGGCCUCCCUGGCGGCGCUGUUCCCGCUGUCCAAGACAGCCGUGCGUGUGGGCAUCAUUUCUGUCGGCCACAGGCCAGAGGUCACCGCUCGCCUGGGCCGCAAGGACAAGAUGGCCGACCUGCAGCAGGCCGUGCACAGCACACCACGUGUCGGAGGGCUCCCUGAUAUCGCGCAGGCGCUAAGGUAUCUCCGGCUGAAAGCCUUCGCACCAGACACGGCCAGGAAGGAAGUGGCCCACGCGGUGAUCAUGAUGACAAACGGAAACUCCCUGAACGCCAAAGAGGCUGCGGCGGAAGCGGAGCUGCUGCGGGGUCAGGGAGUGUACCUGUACGCGGUGUCGACCUCGGCUGAUCAGAAGGUCGACAAGACAGAACUCAUGCGCCUCGCCUCGCAGCCGGCAGACAAAUUUGUUUACGACACCAGCGACUACAACAUCGUCGAGUCUUUGAUAGACCUGCUGCACGUGGAGCUGUGUAAUUACCAAGUCCUGCCCCCUAUCAAAACCAAGGAUGCCAUGUGCGCAAGCCGUCGUCCGACAGAUGUCGCCUUUGUGGUGGAGCACCUUGGUCUGGGCAGCCCCAAGACACAACGCCUUCUCGACUUCAUCCAGUCCAUGCUGUCGGAAAUGGAUCCCGACUCAGACAUCAAGGCCGCCAUCUUGACCAGCAAGGACCCCAUCCCUCGCAAGGCCCUCAGCAGCAAAGUGGACACAAUCCAGCACCUGGAACAGCGCCUGGGCAAAGUUGUCUUCCCCGAUCUAGGAACCUUGCUAAAGAGGGCGCGCAAGACGCUGGGUCAUCGCGUGCGCGGGGAGGAGGAAGUGGAGGACGAGGAGGUGCAGAAGGUGGUGGUGGUCUUCGUCGAUGACUCGGUGGAGAUGACAUCACACGCGCUGGAGGAAGCGCGAGCCAACAAGCGCCACAAGCUCGACACCUACGUCGUCGUGGUCGGCAACCUCACUAAGCCCACCGCCCCUCUCUUGCACGUGGCCAACGGAUCCGACCACGUGAUCUACGUGGACAGCUACGACGACCUUGAGUCCCAGUCUGUGCUGAGCCAGGUCCUGACGACUCUUUGCAGAGGGUUGUAGCGUGGACAGAAUAAUAUCGACAUGAAAUGUUGUGAUGUACAGCCAGACUGUGAUGAAAAGAAGCAGGGGGUGACAUGUGAUGUGAAUGCCAACAUAGGAUUUUAGACUAUUUCCGUCCAUCGUACAACGCUCUGCAGGACCAGUGUGGAAUGAUUCUUUGACGACGACAUCACGUGCCGGUCACGUGAGAUCAUAUGAGGUGGAGAGUGACGCCUCCUAUCACCUGACAGUGUAAGAUCGAUUUGGAGGAGAUAACCCAGCACACAAGGGCAGCCUAGUCUGUGAACACGUUACUGCAUUUAUUCCGGCCAUGUGUGACUGGUAUGUGUGUGUGAGAGAGAGAUUGAGAGAGAGACAGCGAGACAGAGACAGAGUUUUGUGUACGAGCUGAGGUUUUAGUAUUUAUUACUUUUAUAAUGUGACACAGUUCACACAUGAUGCUUUAUAAACAAUGUGUUAAUCGUAUUAACCGCAGAAUUUCCACCUUUGACUCCUUUUGGUCAUCAAGCUGGUUGCCACUCUUGCCACUGUCAGUUGCCAUAACACUGUCAGUUGAGCUGCUAUAGCACUGUCAGUUCAGCUGCCAUAACACUGUCAGUUGAGUUGCCAUAACACUGUCAGUUGAACUGCCAUAACACUGUCAGUUGAACUCAGUUGUGGAAGCUGCUGUCCUGCUACCUGAACCAUUCUGGUUUGAUGUCUUUAGACUCUCUAGCAUCUCUGCUACAAGCUUGUUGUUGCUCUUGAAGCACUGGUAGCGGUAGUCCUCUAUCACUUACUCACAUUUGUAUGUGCGAUGUGUGCAGCCCUGUCUGUGUGGUGAGAGAGGGACUAGGAGAGAGAGAGGGACUAGGAGAGAGGGAACGGAAAGCCGAGUCCUUACAGGCACGCCCGUUCGUUACCCGUAUAGUGCAAAGAAAAUCUCCCCCUCCCACCACGUUGAUCUUGCUACCGGGAAUGUGUAUCUGAUUCGAUGGAAGUUCGGCAAAAGGUAAAGGAGUGAGAGGAAAAGAAACCCUCACCCUCACAGAAAUCAUGGCACCGAUAACAGAGGGUAGGGUCUCUAUCAUAUCCUCCGCAACGACCGAAACAUGUUAGGAGACGACCUUCACCUUGAGAGACAGAGAGAGAGAGACUGCCGUGUCUGUGUGUCGCUGAUGUUGAGACUUUUCGACCUUUACGCUGAGUGAGAGAAAGACAGAAAAAAGAUAGAGAGUGAAAGAAAGAGAUAGAGAGCCUGACGUAUUAUUAUUAUGAGUGAGGUGCUUUAUUAAGACGUUAACAAGAGAGAUUAUUACUUAUCAUGAUCUGCUUUUAUACUGAGAUAUUGUUGUACAAACUGGAGUAACAUUACUACACACCCGGGACUAUGUUCUAGUCAGGUGUAAGCCAUGUGUUUGUAAUGUGUUGAUGAAGACCAAGCAAGCCCUGCAGUGUCCAGUCCUGCACGACCAAUGGUCCAGUGAAGUGUAACCGUCAGAUAACCGCCACAUUCCAUUGACAGUAUUUGUACUUUCCUACACCCACACGUGCAGCAUGACUGGACCGACUGCAGGUUGACGACAGGCCAUGUUAUUCCUGUUGGCAAAUGAACCCGUGAUAUUGUCUUGUAAUAAAUACAUUUGUGUAUAA